AAGCUACUCCUCGAUAAAGGAGCUAAUAUUAACGCUCAAGGCGAACUAUACGGCAAUACACUCCAAGCAGCAGCAUAUCGGGGGAGCGAACCUGUCGUCAAGCUACUUCUCGAUAAAGGAGCCAAUGUUAACGCUCAAGGCGGACCAUACGGUAAUGCACUCCAAGCAGCAGCAUAUCGGGGAAUCGAACCUGUCGUCAAGCUACUCCUUAAUAAAGGAGCUAAUAUCAAUACUCAGGGCGGACUAUACGGUAAUGCACUCCAAGCAGCAGCAUAUCGGGGAAACGAACCUGUCAUUAAGCUACUCCUCGAUAAAGGAGCUAAUAUUAAUGCUCAAGGUGGAGAAUACGGCAAUGCACUCCAAGCAGCAGCUGCU